AUGUCGCGCGCCGCGGGCGCGUCCGCGCCGUCCACGGCGAGCUCGCACGUUGCGUUCAGUGGCUGGCUGACCAAGCGCGGAGGAAAGGAUUUAUACGGUAAAGCCACGUGGCGCCUGCGAUAUUUCGUGCUUCGACGACCGAGACACGCGAAAGAGCGGGCGUGCGUGCGGUACUUCGCCAACGAACCCGCGGACGGGGCGGAGAGCGCGGCGAAAGGGGAGUUUGCGAUUAACGGACAGAGUGCGGUGCGAAUCUUGGAUUCCGAUGAAACGUUCGCGGAAUUCGGGCUCAAAGCGCACAAGUAUGCCGGGAAGCGGAUGUUUGCGUUUCAGACGAUGCCGGGGCAGGGCGGGAAGAGCGCGGCGCUUGUCGUGGAGGCGGAGGAUCUGACGACGAUGCAACGGUGGGUGACGGCGAUUAGCGAAGCAAUCACUCGGGCAAGAAGUUUGGAGAAUGAAGCGGCGAGUAAAACCGGUUUGGCGGUGUUAAACGCGCAAGUCGAUGGCGAUGAAAACGAUGUUUUACGAGGGAAGAACUUUCGGGGGACGCUUGAAUUGGCGGGACUUUGCGGACCGCUCGGCGACGGCGCGCUCCCCGUGCAUUUGGACGCGUGCUGGGAGAAUUUGACCUUUGUUGAUCUCAUGGCGGAUUCGUGCUUGAACGAAAAGCUCGGCAAGAUGCGACGAUCGAAAUACGUGCGCGAGACGUUGACGAGCUUGGUCGACAGUGCGAUCACGAUUGGACGGUGCUUGGGGGCGUCGCCGAUUCCCAUGAGCGGGCCAGAGUCUAACGCGAUGAGCACGAUUCGUCGAGCUCUUGAUGAUAUGCUCGCACUCGCUCGCUUGAUGCCAGUCGGUACGAAAGACAAUAAUAUUUUUGUUUCGUUUCUUGCGGCGCUGUUGGAUCGCGUUCGUCAGCUUCGACCAGGUGAACUGAUCAUGUGUCCGGGAGGUUGGGCAAACGAAGAAGGCGGCGCUGCGGUGAUUUACACCAUUCACCGUCUCCCCGCACACUUCGUUGUGAGCUUGACCAACUGCGGCGACGGUGUGGAGUUUCAUCCUAUUCAAGCUGAUCCUGCGAAAGAUGCUUUCAAGUAUAUUCAUACCAUUCAGUUGAUGGACGUUCCGAUAGCCGUCGCGAUGGACUCCUCGGCGUGGGCGCUGCUGUUCCGCCCGUUGAUUUUCCCUCAAGACGCCGCCAGUGCGAAAGACAUGAUUUACAACAAGCUCCUUCCCAUGAUGAAUGGUCGUCCUCUACUCGCUUCGGUCACCCCCAAACCACUGCGCACUGUUAAGUUUGCGAAACAGCCAAGAGGACGCGAUUCAAGCGGCGUCUUUACCGCACUCGAAGCCGCUCGAUGCGGUCUCGCUAGUUUAGGUUGCCCGCCGAAUCGUGCAGAUGCGUUGGUGAACCUUGGAGUAAGGUUUGUCAUGCUUGAAGAGGCCAAGCGCGAUUUGGAGCGCGUGAACAUGAUCGGUGCAAGCGCUCUGGUUACGUUGCAAGCGGCGUGUAGAACGGUUGCGGAAUACGCGGCGAAUCAUGCCGACUUGUGCGUCGAGGCAGAAGAAGCAAGUAAUGGUGAGCCACCGAAGAAAACGACAAUGCCCCGAGAAACGCUGGCGCAGAUGUUGCGCUCAGUUGAAUCGGUGAUUCUGCGGACAAAGGCCCUGCACGGCGCAACGACACUACCGCCGGCAUUGCAACCGCCGAAGGUACCGAUCACGGCGUGCGCUUUACCACUCUUCAACCGCCUCGCCAGCGAAGGUAACGUAGAUUCGUUAGCAGGUGCAGCUAGAACGCCACCGAUUUUGAGGCCAGUCGAACUCACAUUGGUGCCGGAUGCCGUGGCGAAGCUAGAAGACGUACCCAAGGCGUUGAGAAACGCGCUGCAUUGCUGCACGAUUCUCGCAAACCAAGCGGAUUUGAUGCCAAACUCUUACGCCUUGCGCGUGAGCUUGCUCGUGCACUUGUUUGUACAUGUCCUGCCGGCACCUUUACCUAUUACGCACCCUGAGAGACAUACGAAAUGCUUUUGGGCAUCGGUGAACACCACCUAUGAGCUCCAAGCUGAAAUUUUGAGGAGUCUAAAUUUGUUGCUGCGGCACUUUUCCGCCGCAGCGCUUUCAAUCAGCGUCACGCAGACUUUCGAUGCAGCGCGUUUACUCACCAUUGCCAAUUUCGCGGCAAUCGCGGAUGCGACGCUUCGUCUUAAAGUAGCAGACGCGCCGUCUGCGUUCAUGCAACACUACGCCGGAUACGCCGAAGGUCCGAUUUCGGCGUUUGGUUUUGAAAUCGGUCCGUUCGCCGUUGAGGCAGAGUACUUGCGUUUCCACUGCCCAGAACGUACCAUUAGGUUGACUCAGACGCUGGAUUACUUUCAUAGCUUGAAGAAAACGAUCGAGAGCGAUCACAUGAUUUACCGUUGGGAGAAUGAAGCCGCGGGUGGGAUGUCGUUUGGCGUCGGCGAGGCGAGACUCAUCGAUCAAGUCUGUUUGCAAAUGGGUAUCGGCCGAGAAGAUCCAGAGUACUUGGCAAAGUAUCACAGUGGCGAGUUGCGUGAGUUUGCCGAUAGCUAUCCGGAAAUGAGUGCACUUCGAGAUAUCAUUUUCAUGUUCAAGUUACUCAUGGCGCCGACGUCAGACGACCUUCCAGAGCUCGCACGUUGGAAGCCCAUCGACGCUGCGUUGGAUUGGAGUGUGGCGCGACGCGAAAGUUCGCGUAGUUACUUUGACUUGGAAGUGCGGGCUUUCGGUCGUGCUUUGACUAUUCAGCCUUGGAAAGAACCAGAGGUAGAACAGGGCACGUCUAAGACAGGUUGGCGUAACAUUUUUGGCGGUGGAUUUUUCGCAAGAAUGCAAGAUCGCCGGCCGCGAUGCCCACCUUCGGGCGCCAAUCCCAGCAACCUGGCUGGUCAGCGAGUCGACACCGAAGAAGACGUCCUUCAUUUGCGCGAGGUACCAACGUUUGACAAUCUGCUUAAACCAAGCGAGUCGGAGCUGCUCCUGACUUACUUGACCGCUCCCAUGAUUCGUUUGCCGCUCGUGAUGAAGCUGUUCGCAGAACCGACACGCGUGCGCGGGUUGACGCACAACGACAUUCAGAGUGUUUUAGACGCUGUGAUUUUCGAGCCCGGACCUUGGGCGCCUCCAGAGCCGACGACAAUACCAAAGGAAAUACCUGCAACAACGCGAGCGCAUAUGGCAACGCCGACUGGUUUACUCGUGCACGAGCUCAUCAACUGUCCGGCGCCUCUCGCGGAUAGCGCCGAAGAGCUGUUGGCGUUGAGUUUGGAAUUAGAUACCGGGCGUCACGACGCACCGAGCGCACAAGGGGUGUUGUUCGCGUGUAGGAUGCUCACUAGACUGCUGGCGUUCGUAGAUAGCAUCCUCAAGGCAAAUUCGCUCGAUUCGGAAUUCACGACAUCCACUGGCUUGACGCGAGGGCUGGAUUGUUCGUCGGCGUCUUUGUCGGCACUCGCGGACGUCAAAGUCCGCAUCACCAAAGCACUCAAGGAGAGAUGUCGACCAGUGAUUCAGCGAUGGUUACGUCACGCGGUGAAGAAAAAUGCAAUUCGUGCGGCUUGCGCACUUCACGCACAUCUCGCGUACAUGUACUACUGGACGCCUCGAGUAGAAAUAGACAAACAAGCGGCCCUCAUUAUUCUCACGGCACAGCAGUACAUUUUCGUGAACUACCACUUCACAGAUACACCGGAUGGAAGCGAGACGAGCAAUAGAAAGUUGGCGGACACGGGGAGUAUGAGCGGUGUCGAUACUGGUCUCGGCUUUGCGCCGACGGAGAUUUUUGACCUGUUCCAGCGAAAGCGACGGAGCAUUCUGGAAUGGGCGGCGGCGAAUCCGCAAGACGCUAAUAGCAUUCUGGAGAACGUCGUCGAGACGCUCACUACUAAGAAGACAGAUGGCUCGAACUCACCAACGAACGUGUUGGAUGCAGAGGACACGUUUAGCGCGAAGCGUGCGUGGCGCCGUGCACCAGGUGCGGGUGGUGCUGGUAGAUUUGUCAGCUACGUGUCGGAUAUCCCAUUCGCAGAUCUCGUCGAGAGGGACAAACGGGCCGCGGCGCUUUUACUUCAAAACCAUCGUCACUACGGAGAGUGGCUUCUGGAGACGACGCUGCAGUCUUUCGAUAUGGAAAUUAAUGCUCAGCUCGGCGAAUUCACCGUUCGAAAGAACCGAUUGCGUCAUUUAGAAGCUAGUAUUCGUGAAAUGCCGGACUUCGUCGCAGCGCUGGGACCAGUGCUCGCCAAGCGCGGGAUUGAGCCGUCGCACUUCCAAGAACUCAGCAAAGGGGACGAGCUCGUGAUCGGCGAUUCGGGGGAUGUCGUUCACUGUGCGGAGGUAAAGAAUACGGAGCAUCGUACAUGGAUGCGUCUCGUGGGUCUCAAUCAUGAUAUUCAGUUGUGGGAUCGAGAUCCAAGACCGCCGCUGAACGAAUUUACGCGACCGCUCGUUAGCCGCGUGCAGACAAAGUCACAAGCAUUAGAACUUUUGGGUCGUGCAGUCGGUGCUGGUGGUCUCGCAAGCUGCGAGCAAUGGAUUCUUUCUAUUCUUGAUCCCAUCAUCAAGGGUCCGGGCGCGGGAUAUCUGCACGGUGUCGAGCUCUUUUUACCCAAAAAUACAAUUCACGGGUCCAUAGCUCGCCUCGCCGGCACUGGCGCGCCUGAGAAUGCGGUGAGCGAACCUUGGAGUUUUUGGAAGCGAAAGACUGUGAGCACAUCCAAUGACGAUCAACGUCGCGUGGAAGAGGCCAAGCAGCUCUUGACGGAGGUAAUGAUCGUUAGAGAACCUCCUCUGGUACAAGUUUUCCGCGUGGAAUCGUACGGUCGACGUUGGCGACGUUCGUUAGUGUUCGCAUCAAAUGCUUCUUUCUGCCUCGCAGAUAUCGAUCCCGAUGGUCAACCAAUUCUAAAGGAUGAAAAUGAACGAUUUUUACUAUCUGCCGCGCGUCUAGGCUCGCGAGCUCCGAGUUUAGUCGUCACGAGACUCUUGAAUGGCUUCAUCGGACGCGAGUCGUUUGUUCCGGCGCGACAUUUGCGUGGCUUACUGCCCCAGGUUUUGCUCGAAGAGUACCAGUUUUGGCGAAGCGAAACUACUGGUGAUUUAUUUGGUACCGCGAAUGAAAGUGCUUCGCACCCGAAUACUAUGAUCCAUGUGCGAUUGGGCUAUGAAAACAAUUUACUGCUCGAUGGAGGAUUUCCCGUAGAUACUCGCGCCAUCGUGCGAAGACUUCCAACAAUGGGUGCUGAUGGGAUUUCGCGUCUCCCCCCGCUAGAUGGUUCGUACGUCGAUGGUCAGCUUACAUUAGUAGAUCUUCUGUAUGCGCCCUCGCUGGCGGGUGAACAAGGGCGCGCUCUACUCGCGCUCACCAAGUCUCUCGCCGCCGUCGAAGGAUUGGCACAUUCGCUUGUCUGGUCAUCAAAACCUGGGCUCGAAAGUGGGCCGAAUGAGCACAUCGCGGGUGUGUGCGAUAUAUCGCGUGUUGAACUUCCAAGACUUGGUGUUUCGUUCAAUGCGAUAGAGUCAGGUGGUGCUAUUCGCUUGGAGUGUGAGGAACACGCCGGGUUGUUUUUAGCGCAAAGACGCAACGCCGCGCUCGAGAUUCUGCUUACCGGGCUGCCGCAUGCGCUUCUUCUCGAAGCUCGAGACGGUGCACUGUCUGUGCUAUUAUCGGCGAGCGCAAUACCUCGACCCGCGGCGACUGCGUCGGACUUCGCGCAUGGAGCGAGCACGGGACUCGGCUCAGAUCUCAUAAUCGAUCGUUGGAGCACGCAGUGGGUGGAAAACAUAGGCAGCACAAAGCACUAUGUGUAUCCUGUGCAUCCUUCGCAUGCGACAAUCAGUGCAACGUCGAUGCCAGCCGCUCUAUAUCUCGCAAUCCUGCGAUUCAUAGGUCGCGAUUAUCUCGCCGUGCUCAGACUUGCGGAACUCUGUGUGUCAGAAGCGGUGCCCACGCCAGAGGAAGCGCAGCUGUGGGACGCGCUCGCGCAUGCGUGCUCUUUGGAUCCAAGCCCCGACGCCACAGCAGUUCGCGUGAAGCUUAUGUUGAUGGUAAAAGACACUCCAAUCGAACCCCGACUCGCGCUGAAGUGGCCACCCGUGGCGGAUGUACUGAAUUACGUCAAUUGCUGGUCGUACAUCAGCGCAAAUUGUCGCCUCACUGGACAUGAAGAGCUCACCGCGAUCGAAAGCUUGGUUACGGAGACCAUGGCAAAGAAGAAAACUUCCAAGUUCAAGGCUGUCAUUAGUUUCAUGUUCCCCGGCUCCAAGAAGGCGAGCGCGGCGGAUAUGAGUAUGGAUCCAACGAAGACCCCAGAGUUGUUGAAUCGUGCGGCGUACUUGAGGCAGCUCGUGGGCGGAAUCGCGCGCAUGAGCGCCGGAUCUACGCCGACGAGUUCUGGAUUCCCUCUAGUAUAUCCAGUGGCGCCAGAAUAUGACAGAUUCGAUACCGUGGACGACCUGACUUGCUUGUCCGAUAAGGUAACGGGUGAAGGACCUCUGGGCAAACUCGCGGGUCUGAUUCAAACGUACAAUCGUCCAGAUGACGUGAGCGUCAACGGUAGUCAGGCGCUCGCUUUGAUCGGCCAAUGGAUCGACAAGGAAAAGUUCAAUCUCGACGGUAACUUGGGAUUCCCGUUAUUCUUUGAGCUCAUGACUGGAACCCUGCCGCUGCGCGUUCUUCCUGGUGAUUCUCCCCAUCGUUGGGGUUGCGUUCUCCUUCGUUUUGUGCCAAACGAGCAAUCGAUGAAGUGCGGUACACUCAUGAGUACGUUACGCGUACUUGCUUCCAGCCCCAACAUCGCGCAGGAUUGUCCUAAAAUGGAAGAACAGAGCGUUGGUCAACGGUUUAGUUCAAUGUUUACUUCGGACGGUGCGAUAGGUAUGUUACUUCGCAAAGUACGACCGUACCUGCAACAGCGAAAAGAGGAAUUCCCCGGUCGCAUAUCUUGGACGGGCAAGGAGUACUUGACGCAGAGCAUAUACGAGUCUGACGUGCAGACUUGGGCGCGUACGAUUGCUACUGGCGGCAGAUGGGCGCUGACUCGAUUCAUGAAUACAUCGUGCUCUGAGCGCGAGUUCUCUCUCAAGUCGAGCGAUAGCGCUGAGAUGGCUGGUGGUACCACGUGGAGUGGGAAAACACUCCAGCACGUGGAUCUGGAGAUGCUCGUGAAGCGCCCACUCGGUGUCCUUGAUUUGAACAAGUAUGUCGUUCCUCUUACGGAAGAUAGAGCCGAUGAACUCGCGGAAUCCGUCGCGCUCGGCGGUGUCGGUGGUUUGCCGUUUGACGUCAGCCAGCAUCCAGCGGCUACGACGUCCGUCGCUAGACAGAUGCUCAAUCGUUUGCGCGCCGACGUAACCGGAGCAUCAGACAAAGCUAAGGCGCGACGCAUGAAUGGUGAUUUUAGUGCGGUGACGUUGAAGGGUUUCUCCCCCAGUGAUACUGCCGCGAUCGCAUCUGAAGCGGGUGCAGGCCGCGCCGGUCAUGCCGCGGGGACCGCCCGUGCGGUUCUACGUGAAUUGCUAGAAGGAAUUCGUCGUGUCACCGCCGACGAUAAGGCGGCCGCAUCUGAGGCUAUGUCAGCUGCACUUGCUACGGCGAAUGGUUUACGAAAAGACGUCGAGUCUGGGACAAAGAUGUUACGUCUCGGAUUGCAGCGCCGCGCAGGGGCUUGGGCCGAGGUGACAUUUGAAGAUUUGGUUGAGUGUUUGACGUGCGAAGGCGGCGAACACAUUUUAUCCCGUUUGUCUCCAGAUGUGACCGCAAAGCAAAUAGUUGAUGCGUUAUAUUUGACGUCGCAAGCGUUGCUGCUCACGCUUCGCGCGACGCUAGCCGCGAAAGCGGCGGGUAUGGUGGCUGACACGCUCAUAGCGUUGACGAAUUGUGCAAAGACAGCGGCUAUUGACGGUAUUGAUUCUGUCGAUCGAGACUUGAGGCUCAAAGCUCUGGCAAUCGCGGAGUUGAUUUCAGUGGAACGACAUUACUUCCAGGCGGACACUGCGAAUCCAUUCAGCAAGGCAACGCGCUUGAUCUUUGAUCCUCGUUUGCUAGUCUACGAGUACAGUCAGAGCAUCGUGCUGCGCAAGCGCCAAGUCGAGCUGACUCGAGAUUUCGUUGACACGGCUGAGAACGGUGGCGGCCAGUGCGCACAGAUGCUCAUGGGUGAAGGUAAAACAACUGUGGUGUGUCCAUUACUGGGCUUCGUUCUCGCCAAGAGCAGCUCUGUCGUCGUCCAAGUAGUCCCUCACGCACUUCUCGAGUUUUCGCGAAGCACUUUGCGCAAGGCGUACUCAGGAGUCAUCAGACGUUCGGUCGUUACCCUCGAGUUCAACCGAUACACAUCCCUCGCCGAUGGCUCAAUACUCGCAACUUUAAGGAAAGCGAAAGAGAAUCGAGCCAUCGUCAUCUCGUCACCGACAAGCAUCAAGUCUCUCGCGCUUAAAUUUUUGGAAGUCUGCCACCUGCUCGAUCAAUCGUACAUCGCUGACCGUGAUGGCAAGACCGGUGGUAUGCUCGCACAAGGAGCUGAUUUAGUCAGUCGCGUUUUUGGUGGCGCUAAAAGUCGGAGUGAACGUGUUGCUGAGGCUGGUGGGUUAACCAUCGAAGAAAUAAACACAUUGCGCUCAGAGGCAACGGCGGCCGCGGAAAUUUUUGAAAUUUUCCAAACUGGCACGCUUAUUUUGGACGAAGUCGACUUGAUUCUUCAUCCUUUGAAAUCCGAACUCAACUGGCCAAUGGGUCGACGUAUUCCGCUCGACUUCAGCAAGGCUGCGUCAGGCGACGGUUUGAGAUGGAAGCUUCCAUAUUACAUCCUUGACGCCAUCUUCGCAGUCACGUACGGGCGCUCGACGGCUUCGGAGGCUGAAGGUUCGCAAGAGGCAAUCGAUCUGCUCGACGGUAUACGCGCCGCGGUUCGAACGGCGAUCGAAUCGAAACAAUUGCAGACAUCACCGCAUCUAGCGUUGCUCGAUAAGUCUUGGUAUCAAGAUAUCUUGCGUCCGCUCUUGGCGCAGUGGACGAGCAUUUGGCUGCGUGCUCAUGGCGCGUUGCGUGGCAUGUCAGAGGCACUCAUUAUGGCGUAUCUUCUGCGGGGACCGGGCGCGGCUGAAGCAAAAGCGCAGCUGAAUCGUGAAUGUGAAGACGAGGCUGUGAAGAUGACCAACCUCGCGCGAGAUUGGCUUUGCUCUCUGUUGCCUCACAUGCUCGCGAAGAUUAAUCGCGUAACGUUUGGUUUGUUACAGCCCGCGGACGUAUCGCUACUCGAAGAAGUGACGGGAUCGCGUCUGCCGAAAACCCGUAGACUUUUGGCAGUUCCUUUCGUGGGUAAGGAUAUUCCGAGUCGAACGAAUGAGUUCUCACAUCCAGAUGUCGUUCUCGGGUUGACAAUUUGCGCAUACCGCCUCGAGGGUUUGCGCCGUGCCGACUUCAAGCAAAUGCUUCGAAUCUUAAUGGAAGAGUACGAUAACGAGGCCGGUCCUCCUCAGAAGCGACCGGCUGCUCGUAGGUGGGCGGACUGGGUGCGUACGACUGGGAAGCGAGUGCGAGGUGAAGCGCGCGCUGAGGCAGCGCUCGCCGCAAGACGACGCGGCGUUUCGCAGCAAACCGGAACUACAAAUGUCGGGGAUACCCGCGGAUUGGCGUGGCUCGAAGACGACACCGCAGGUCUGCAAGACGACGAGGUUUGGCCUUUGCAGCUUAUCGAUCUCAGAGAUCACGAUCAGGUUGAAGAAAUCUACCAACUUCUGCGAAGGACGCCGCCGUGUAUCGAGUAUUAUCUCGACGAAUUUGUCUUCCCUGAAACGGCGCAGCAUCAAGAUUUGAAACUGAGCGCCACUGGCCAAGAACUCGGUGGUGAUGUGUUGUUCCCCAACCGACUCGGUUUUAGCGGUACCCCGAGCGACUUACUGCCGCUCGAGCUCGGUGCUCCGCGAUACGAAUCCGGCUCUGACGCCAAGAUGCUGGCAUACUUGACGGAUCCGGAAACCGCAGCGACGAUGCCUUUGGACGUUGAUUGGAACGUGCAGACUCUCCUCACCCGUAUUGCGACGGUAGACCCACCGAUACGUGCGCUCAUCGAUACGGGUGCGCUUGUCACGGGCAUGUCCAACCUCGAUGUCUCGAGAUUCUUACUCGAGAAGGGUCUGAAAUGGGCUGAAGGAUGUGUGUUCCUCGACGAAAAUGAUCGACAGAUGAUUCUCAUGCGCAAAGGAUGGGAAGUCAUUCCUCUUCAACGCGUCGCCGCAAUGCCUUUGACGAAACGAUUUACGUUCUAUGAUCAAGUUCAUACGACCGGUAUGGACAUCAAACAGGCCGCGGCGUCGCAGGCAGCCAUCACCCUCGGUAAAGACAUGUGUCUUCGCGAUUAUGCGCAGGGUGCUUGGCGCAUGCGCGGUUUGGGCAAGGGUCAGACGCUAAAGGUGAUUGUGAUUCCGGAGGUUGCGAGACUCAUCUCGCACGAAGUUGCCAAAGGAGGUGGACAGAUCCCAUCGACGCGCGAUGCUGAACUCGCGACAAUGUCGGCCGAAGCGGUCGAGAAGCGUAAGUUACGAGACAUCACGGCUUGGCUCGUCGUGAACAGUAUGCGAAGUGAGAAUAUUCAAGCCGGUUUGCUCGCAGAGCAACGCGCGGCGAAUAUCUGGAGAAAGCAUUCAUACAGGAAGCUUGUGUCAUCGCCCACUGCACCGGGAACACCAAAGGCGGAGGGUAUGAUUCACGCGUGCCUUGACGUCUUCCGAGAUCGCGUGUCGUACGUCGUGGCGAAUGUCAUUCCUCAAAGUGUAUCGCCUUCAGAGAAGUUAGCGAGGAGCGUACAGCAGUUCGGACAUUUGCUCGACGAUAGUCCUCGCGCAAAAGAGCAAUUACGAUUGAUCGUGAACGACGUGAAGCAAAUGGAGGAGACGACGAAUGCGGCGUUGAAGCGGAUUCGCGCUGGCACACACAUGGCUCCAGAUGCGGCGGAGUCCGGUGAUCAAGGUUUGGCUGGUGGUUUGGAGCACGCCUUGGACCUCGAGCAAGUUCAAGAGAAUGAGGAAGAACAAGAAAAUGAGCAAGAACAAGAGCAAGAGAAGGAAGAAGAACGUGAGGAAGAAAUCAUCGAGGAAGCCCCAGAUGGCUUGAAGUACGUGCGCGACGACGAGAAACAGCCGUCGUGGAGUUACGAGUCUUUGUGCAAAAGUCCAAGCUCAAUGGCUCAAGGUUUCUACCCACUCAAAACGUUCAAGAUACAUAAAGGUGUCGGCAAGACUACAGCACCUUUGGAUUUCCCGGAGUAUCUAUAUCUAUCGAAAAAUUACUUCCGUGAAGGAUGGGCGCUCAACGGCCAUCGACGCUUGAAGAAUCUCACCGUCGUGCUGGACUGGGUACCGGAUAGCAGCGCUUUAUCGACCGACGCCGGUGGUAGCGUCGCGGCGGGUACGUUCACAGCAGACCAGGAGUCAGCGCUACGAACUGCGUUCGAUAUGUUUGACUCUUCCGGAAACGGUCGUUUGACAGAGUCCGACCUCCGAGAGGUUUUGCGUGAGAUCGACGCUUGCGUAGAAGACGAUGAGCUUCGUCUUCAACAGUUGGCGCGUGAGGUUGCUGCAGAAUCACGCACGUUCAAUACCGGGGGUAAGUCAUCUGGGACGUCUUUCGAGGAGUUAAAGCGCGUCCUUCGUUCGAAGAACAUUUACUCAUUGCAACGUGGGCGAUACUACGUCGCGUUGUCUCUGGCUGAAGCCGAGUCGCUGCGCGUUGUCAUGCAUCUCACGAAGGGUAGUAAAGCGAGUGACGGCAAACUGAUUCCAUCCAAACUCACCGAAGCUGCGUUGCGAAUCGGUGGCGGUACGCUCAUCGAUAACACGUCGAGAUUUACGCCCGCACAGGUGUUUCAAGGUGCGACGGCCGAGCAAUGUUUCAGAUUUCUCGACAGUCAGCUGGAUUUCGAAGACCGCGAAGUUUCAUUGCUGCUUCGUGCGCUCCAAGGGUCGUCGUGCGAUAAGCGAGCGCAAUUUUUCGUGUCUGUUCGGGCGUGCAGGCGGCGCGCUAAAAUUCCAUGGGCGUCGUCGCCACUCGCCAAGGUUCUCACUACGGUGGAUGAAUUCCAUUUACUCGCGUCGAGAGCACUCGUCGCUCGUGUACGUACGGCGCUCAAGUCCAAACGUAUGCGUCUUUUAGAUGCGUUCCGGGCUUUUGACGGAGAUAACAUUGGAAAGCUUACGUAUGAAGCGUUAUAUGGUGGCUUGUCGUGGCUCGGCCUUUCGCUCACGUCGGCUCAAAUGCUCGAGCUGGCUGCGCGUGUGGACAAGACGCACGACGGCUACAUCAGUCGAGAAGAGUUCGAGGAAGCUUUCGGGCCAGAUGACGAUUGGGUUUUAGAUGGCGAUUUCCACGAACAGGUUCCCAUACCGACUCUAGCUCCCUCGGUGCCAGUGCCGACGUCUCAGCUUGCGCAAGUGAGCUUGAUGGAUAUUCUCGGCGACGUUGGAAGCGACGAGGGGUCGAAAUCGUCGAGUAAGGAUCUUGUCGCUCCUGAGAUACAGUCGCCAUCGAAGGUAAUGAGCACGGAAAAUUUGAGCAUCGAUGACGGUACAGGACUUGGUGACUGGGGCGCGCUCGGAAUGGCGGCGACUUUACCAGUUGUUGCGAAGAAGAACCCGCCUCUCGCCAAGGAACAGCCCAAGCCAAGCGCGAACGAUCCGUUUGGUUUGGGUCCUCCAGCCGGCGCGUCGUCAACCGCGUUCGAUGAUUGGUUGUCUGGCGGUUCGGGCAACAUGCUUGGCGGUGGCUCGUUGAACGAUCCCCUCGGCACUCAAGCAAACCCAAAUGCCGCAGACGGCUGGGAAGGCAACGACAUGAUUCAGCUCGACACCUCGACUGGUACCAUCGCCGCGCCGGCGCGAGAUAAAAUCCAGGCAAGAGCUCUUGUGGAUCCGGCAAAGGAAGCUGAAGAGCGCAGGCACCGCCAAGUCGAUUCCAAGUUGACGAGCUCGGCUCUUAAUGGGUUCCAAGUAGCCGUCGUGCACCAAAAAUCGUUCCAAAAAGUUUGGACGAGCGACGGCACUGGAAGCCGUUCGACUGGAAGCGUGUGGCAAGCAAACUUGGGUAAAUCGACGCUGAAGAAAAAGACUGAGCGCAUUUCGCUCGGUCACUACGCUUCGCCACACUUUUCGCAACCGAAACCUGCGCCAUUUGCUGUCGAAGUGACCGACAUAAAUGCGUUCGCGCUCACUGGUUCGAACUAUAUGCCACGAGUGUUGGAUCGCUUGUUCCCACAUCCGAGCCGGUUCAGACAGGUUUGGGGACAAGAAUGGAAAGGAACGGCGGUGUAUGCGUGGACUCCCGUGCCGCCACCUGGAUGCGUAGCCAUUGGUAUGGUGUUGACGUCUAUCCCGCAGGCACCGGACGUGUCCACCAUGCGAUGCAUUCCAGAGAAAUGGGCAAUAAAGCCAACGAUGGAACCCCAACUCGUGUGGACGAAUGAAGGCAGUGGUGGUCGUCCGGCGAGUAUUUGGUUGGUGAACUCGCUCGGUUUGUUGUACGUGAAUGUCGGGCACAAUCCUCCUCCGGCGAGAGAUGUUUGGGACAUCAAACGAGGUCAGCUCACCGCGGACCAGGUGCUUCAGUAUCAGGCGUCGGCGCCGCAAACGUCCUACGGCGGAACAGGAAUUUCGAGCGACAGCUUUGACGGACCGACGUACAACCCUCCGCGGCCUCCACCCCCGAGCGGCAACAGCGGUGGAUCAAACGCUUUGCCCGCGGGAUUAGGAUCGCUGAUUUAG